UCCAUAUGCAGAUCUGUUUUCGAAUAGACAUGACAGAGCGUGUUGCGGCCGAUGCCUUGAAGCUCUGGGAUGAAAUGUAUAUAAGAUGGAGCGAAGUCACCGGAGGAUGAUCAAUGAGUUCCUCAUCCUAUUCACCUUUACUUACAUCGUCGACCUCGCUCGGAUCACGACUCUUUGGAUCGCACUUCUCAAUCGUUCACGGCUCUCAAAAGAUUACGCUUUGUUCGAAUACUAUUCGCCCAAAUACAGUCCUUUGAACGGAUCUGGACGGCCAAACUCUACUACUAUAAGCCAUUUAUUUUCAAACAAGCGCAGCAUACUUCCCCACCAACACCACCAUCCCAAGAUGUGCGAUUGGGAGGAGUUCCUUUUCACCUGCAACCACUCCAUUCUACGGCUCAAGUCGUAUUGCCACUUUGCCCGCAACGACCCCGGCCACCAAUGCUUCGGCGUCAAGGUUCUUCGCAAUUCGUGGCAGCAGAGCGUCCCGUGCGAUAAUUGCAUCUUGGCCUGGCAGGAUCAGGGGCACCCGCAUUUCGCCGCCGGGCAACACCGUCAGGAAGAGUUCAUUGGUGGCCAGCAACAACGUCGUCGUUGAGUUGGGUCCAGUCACGUCCAAUCUUUUGAAAGUACCCUUGAAAACCAGGGGAGAUGCUCCCAAGUUCUGUCGUCUUGGAGAGUGGCGUGGGGUUUGUUCACUGGGUUCAGUGCGAAUACCGUGGAGACGGAGCCUUCCUUCAUAUGCAGGCCAGACUAUUUAUAUAGAAACUGUGAUUUUCGGGAACGCUCCACCAAGUACAGAUCGCAAGGGUUUCUGCCUGGCACAGAAUGUUGGUUAAACUUGCUUUGUGGGGAAAAUGGUAGAUCAAAAAGGCUGGUGGCCAUGCCCUGUAUAGUUGUCCUCUUUUCUCAUUUUGCUACUGGUAGAAUGGCUGGAUGGCAGCGUUUCUCUGUUUUAGCAGGAUGAUGAGCAGCCCAAGAUGCUGUGGCACAUGAAUCUCGAUUUCCCGUAGGAACAAACUCAAUCCCACACGGGUUUAUGCA